AUGGAAAAUAACCAUGAAAGCGGCCAACUUGGAACGCCACAACCGGAGGAAACGGAUUUCCUGUGCCCAGGAUGCGAUCUUCCGAAUUCGGCCAGCAAUAUGGUGCAGUGUGACACGUGUCAAGCUUGGUGGCACCAAACAUGUGCCGGUGUAACGGACUCCGUCGAGAAGCGACCGUGGAGCUGCAAAUUUUGUAUUCCGGCUCAGAACACACGAGCUCCCAGCACGUCCAGUUCCAAGGCUCGUCGUCGCGACCUCCAAUUGCAGCAGCUAGAGGCAAAGCGCGCACUGGAGAGUCAAGCAAGGAAGUUGAAACUGCAGGCCAAGUUAGAGGAACUUGAUGCAGAAAAAAAAUAUGUUGAUGAACGGUUCAAUCUACUCCAGGAACAAAUGGAUUCCGAUGACAGCGAGGUGCAGCAAGCAGUGCUACAGCAAGGCGUUCUUCGAAUGCAGGAUCCGAAAUCGCGCGCCAGCAUCGCGAAUCCAGGUACCGAGGCCACAGAAUCCAAUUCUAGAAGGCAAGGAGUGGAAAAGCAGCCAACAACAGAACCAGCUAGUUAUCGGCGAGCAUCGCUACCGGAUCGACAUUUUCCGAUCCCACAUUUGGUGGACAAUUCGUCUGGGUCUCAACCGGGACCAUCCAAGGAACAUCCCCCGAGUCAUCAAUCAACCAAAUCGAAGGUUCAGCUAAAUUCGACACCAAAGUUGAAUGCCGGAUGCGGUUUUCGAGGUCCAAGUGGUGCACAGCCGAAAGGUGGCAACAUCGGGACGAGGAACCAGGCGUCGUUGGGAGGUACUGGAGAGCCUUCGUUCAGCCGCCCAAUGUCGGCGAACCGUAACAGCCAUCCUCCCCCUCUCAACCCCCUCCAGCAAACACAAGGUCGCCGUUGGAGGGAUCACUGUGAACGCUCACAGAAAUCAGUUGAAGUUAUUUCCAGCAAGGAAGAUUAAAAGCAACGUAAUGACUUCUUUCGGGAGAGAAG